UAGGUGAGUGUUAACGUAGAUUUAAAAAAAAAGUAUAUAAAGAAAACAAACCACAACCGAAACAAAGACUUGAAAUAAUUAGGAAUUCAGAUGAACGUUGUUCUAAACAUCGGUACUCUUAAAAUAAGAGGUUUACAAAGAAUGUGACACUUUUCGCCGAAAAUGUUGAGAUUGAAAAAAAGAACUGGAUGAAAGUAGUGGAUAUCGCUUUUAAUGGCGCUAAGUUUAUGUUUCAGCGUACCCGAAGCAUGACCGUGAUAGCACUUAUAUAAAGCAUCAACUGAGUACAAUACAACCGGACCCGACUGGACUUAAUUAGACAUAAUCCGGCAAGAGCUUGCCAUUGUAAAAGCGCGAUAAUCUUUUGAUAAAAGGCGUGACAAACCUUACAAAAUCACAUACCGUAUCAACAAUUGUGAUCUGAAAGCAGCUUUCAUUGAAGGAUGCAAUCGGUCAGCUUGGCCAGUUCAUACAGAGUUGAUGGAGAAUACCUACAGUAUCGGGCAGCUUAUUAAUCGGGUUCCUAAACGUGAAAUUCGAAAACUGGUUAUAAUCAGUUUUCACCAAAUAAGAUAACGGGGAUGGACAUCGGUCAUCUAUUCCGAUCAGGAUAUAGUUAUAUUCGCAAAAGUCUUAUUGUAAUCGACGUGUAGUUAAUUUAAUAAACUCCGCGAAAUCAAGCUCUUAAUUUUGUGUUAACCAUCAGGGAUAUACAUUUUCGCCAGUCGAAGGUCUUCAGUGCUAGGAGAUGACCAUCACCUACCAGAGGAAAGUCGCCACCACAUCCUUCUUCGGGUUCUUCCGCCUUCUUAAGGCAUGGCGGGGCAGCGUCUACAAGCUCAUCUACAAGGAGACGCUCGUCUUCUGUCUGCUCUAUACCAUCAUCAGCCUCAUCUAUCGCUUAGGCUUAUCCGGAGACUCUAAACGGACGUUCGAGAAACUUGUCGCCCACUGCGAAAGCUAUACCAAUCUUAUCCCCGUCUCCUUCGUACUCGGUUUCUAUGUCUCCGUGGUCGUCGGUAGGUGGUGGACGCAGUUUACCAACUUUCCGUGGCCCGACAGGACACUGUAUAUCAUGGGGAGCUAUGUGGUUGGCCGUGACGACGCCAGUCGCAUUAUUCGGCGCACCGUUGCCCGCUACAUGAUGGCUGCCCAAAUUCUUAUCCUCCGCUCCGUCAGCGUCUCCGUCAUGAAAAGAUUCCCCACCAUGGAGCACAUUGUCAAUGCAGGAUUUCUGACCGACGAUGAAGUGAUAGAUCUCGAGAACGUCAACUGCAAGUACCACAAGUUCUGGGUGCCACUGGUCUGGGCCAACACUGUCAUCACAAAUGCCAGGCGGGAGGGCAAGAUCACCAGUGACUACGGCUUCCAGUUUGUGAUACAGCAACUGGCUGAUUACCGCGAUAGAUUAUCGAUCUGCUUCGUCUUCGACUGGAUCACAGUCCCGUUGGUUUAUACUCAGGUCGUGACAUUGGCGGUGUACAUAUUUUUCGGCGCCUGUCUGAUCGGCCGUCAGUACGUGGACAACGACAAGGGUAACAUUGACCUCUACGUGCCCGUAUUCACACUGCUGCAGUUCCUCUUCUACAUGGGCUGGCUCAAGGUUGCAGAGCAGCUCAUUAAUCCAUUCGGAGAGGACGACGACGAUUUUGACAUGAACUGGCUGAUGGACCGACACGUUGGGGCGAUGUGGUGCCUGGUCGACUACUGCCACCAGGUGGUUCCUGCUCUGGUGAAAGACAUGCACUUCAACGAAAUUGUCACGGAGGAACUGCCGUACACCGAAGCGUCCAUGGCCUCGCGCAGACCCAACUUUAUGGGGUCCACGUAUAAUAUGGAGCGGCCGAGUUUAGACCAUCAACGUAUCGUGCCUAACCCGGAGCUCUAUGAUAUGAACCACAACGGAAGCUUCGCCGGGCUUCGCCAGCGCUCACGCUCUCACGUGACUCACGGGGAUUCGAACUGGAGCCUCUUCCGAGAUAAAGAGAGUCUGCAGAUGUCACAUUCUCAUACAAACCUUGACAUCAAGUCCAACCAGGUACCUAACGGGCUUCCACCCAAAGGACCCCUUGACGUGUCUUUGACGUCACUCGUAAACGCGGGUCGGCACGUACGAAAGGGUAGCAUCGACAGUCGUACAAGUGAAAUAAGCUAUCUCUCGUGUGCAGAGUCCCCUGCCACCGAACAACUACCGGAAUACACCCCUUUGAAACGCGCCGAAAAGGACCGGAAGUGGAGUUUCCCGCUAAAUCUUCUUCACCGUAAAAGCUCCAAGGAAGACAUCGAGCAUGCGCAAACACAUCCGUUGGACGUGAACAAUGAAAGCGACGACUCUUUGCCACUUUUAAACGCAAUUGCGUCAAACAAAGGGGGUCGCUUCCAAGUGGACAUUGUACCCGGCGACCACGACGUGGACGCCUCGAAGCAGGCACGCAACAAACAGAUCAUUGAUAAGCACAUGGGCUACAUGGCUGUUUCGAGGGCCCCUGUACUGUCCCCCAUUGAGGAAGGCGGCACCGUCAGGAGCGUCAAGGAAAUUCUGACUUCAUCCAGAGCUUCGUCAGUGUCGUCCUUAAAUGGAGAAGUCAAUCAUAAUGGGGAAUCGGAAAUACCGCCAACCAUCGUUGAGGAAGACGGAAAUCCUGAUGACGCUUUUCCGCUUCCGAUAAAAACGGAAAUGACUAGCCUCUUGACAUGCGUAUGCGCAUGCGCAGACCACAGUAAACCACAUGAUUCUGUUACAGUAGAAAUGGACAAUGAAGGCACGUUCCAAGGUCGUCUUCUUGUAGACAGAUCAGAACGUCCGAGCAUACCCGAAAUCACGGUCGACCAGUUCUGAAAGAAUGAUACAACGUACUGUGUCCAUAGAUACGCCCCGCUUAUUAACUGGAAACUCUGUCGUCAAUAAGUCUUAUAUUAAUUGAGGCGAACUUUACAACUGGUUGGAUUUGCAUUGUAAAAAAUAGUGUAAAAACAGUGUAGAUUUGUAAAUUUGUCAUUGUCUUGUAUAAUUGUUAAGUGUAAAAAUCAUCUCAUAUAAUCCGUUAAUAAUUUACUGAUUAAUAUACUAUAUAACAUAUGCAUCGGGCAUGCUUUGUUUUAAUAACAGAAACUACUAUGAUCAAUGUGCAGCCCCUUUUAUUGACCAUACCGACGUGUAUGCAAUUAGCCUUAGAUGUGCUUUUAACUAUUCAGACUUUCAUCGGACCAUGCGCCUAUAUUUACGCAUAACCAGGAAUCAUCAUCGUUUUUUGUUCAUGUUUAAUUAUGAUCGUUACAAUCUGUGUGCAUUUUGUCAUUUAUGCAACAACCACUUAUAUGGAUCCUUCUAUGUUUACUGAGUGUGGAUUAACCCAUUUAUGCCCCGUGGACUCUUCCAACCUUAUAAAUUAGAACAAUUUAUUUCCAAAAUUAGGGAUGUCUAGUAUAUUUAUUUCUAUAUUUAGAAUAUUUCUUACAGAAAUUCCUUUAAGCAAACAGCGCAGACCCUGAUGAGACGCCGCAUCAUGCGGCGUCUCAUCUGGGUCUACGCUGUUUGCUAAUGCCUUUUUUCUAGACGUUAUGCAUAAAUGGGUUAAGCAAAUGAAUCGUCUGUAUCAAAUCUUGCGUGAAAGUUGACGUCCGAGAACAUGUGAGAUUAUAA